UUAGGGCCUUUGCUGGGCAAUUUUCUUUCAAAAUAUCCAUCUCCCCCUCCAAACUAGGUGCUGGAUUCCUGUUGCCUAUCCCAAAUCCAUGGAUUCCUUCGACGAUGAUACUUGGGAUUUUCUUAAUCAUAAAUUGAUAGACGACGUCACAUCCAACGAUCUCUCUUGGAUAAACGACGGGUACCUUGCUGGUGUCGAUAUUGAUCUUUCGCGUAUUUGUGCUGCGUCGCAAGAAAAUGAAGGCAGACAGAAGAGGGGACGCAAUGAUUCAUCCACCAGGCCUGGAACCAAAGCUUGCCGUGAGAAAUUGCGAAGGGAAAGAUUGAAUGACAGGUUUCUAGACUUGAGUUCCAUUUUGGAACCUGGUAAAUCUGCCAAAACUGACAAAUUGGCCAUACUUGGGGAUGCCAUCCGAGUACUGAACCAGCUGAGAAAUGAAGCUAAGGAUUUUGAAGAUGCAAAUGAAAAGCUACAAGAAGAGAUAAGAAGUUUAAAGGCAGAGAAGAAUGAACUUCGUGAAGAGAAACUCUUGCUAAAGGCGGAUAAAGAAAGGAUAGAGCAGCAGAUGAAAGCAAUUUCUGCUCCAGCUGCAGGGUUUUGGCCUACCUACCCUGCAGCAACACAUCAUACUGGGGCAAAUAAGUCGUCUGUUUUCCCGAGCUAUGGCUUGUUUCCAAUGUGGCAAUAUAUACCUUCAUCUGCUCUUGAUACUUCCCAUGAUCAUGAGCUGAGGCCACCUGCAGCAUAGUAAUUUUUACAAGAGUAAUGAUAAUUUCCUGAUGCUUUAUUCUAUAAUCAUCUAACAGUCCUGUUGCUCAUUUCUACAUGUAAAUAUUACUGCUCCUCUAUUUUGCCUGAUCUUUAGGUUAAAUUAGCAGUAAAUAAAUGGCAGAGUUUGGCAAGGCAUGUCGUUGGAUGCUAUCUAUUUGCUUCAAUAAUUUUUUUGAACCGUACAAUUUCUGAUUUUAAAUGUACAUUGGACUUAUCUUUAUCUAAGAAAUUUUAAAUAGUAUCUUUCUGGGUUCA